AGCUCUCCAAAAUGGCCUCUAAGUGCACCGUUUGCGGUGACAAGGAUGAGCGUCGCGGAAGACGUGGUGGGUUAAAGGUAUUCUGCGCUGACGGUUGCGGAAGAGGUUACCACAAGCGCUGCAUGCGCAAAGUGGCUCACUUCAACGAUACUGGCUACUGCGUUAUCUGCCGGUCGGUAGAACAGGGUCCGUCCGCUUCCGGCGAGCUCCGGCUGGAGGAUCUGCUGGAUCGGUUGGAACGGCUGGAGGCGAAGCUCGAUGCCGGAUUUGCCGGAACGAGCAACGAGCAGUCGAAUAAUGCUCCUCCGGCGUACGAUUCGGUCGUCAGGGAUGCUGCUGCUGCUGGCCCGGCAAAGUUUCCGCCCAAGGUUUGGACCAACAUCUUCCAGAAGCUUACGGCAACGCAGCUUGCCAACGCCCGGCUGGUUUGUCGCCGCUGGAACCAGAUCAUCGGCCACAGCCCGACCCUGGUGGACAAGAUGGUGCUGACCUUCCCCCGCGGGACCGUACUGACCAACAACUGCGCUCCGAUCCAAACGCUGACGAGUUCGACCAAGCUGCGACACACCCGGGCCGCCUUCCGGGAGCUGACCAUCGUCGGAGCCGCCACCUGGUGGCCAUCGAUUGGCCAGAACCUGCACACGCUCACCCUAAUCGACUGCAAGGUCUCAAUCGACAUGCUGCUGGAAAUGCUCAAGGCCACUCCGGCCCUCAAACGGCUCUCGCUGACCUGCGGCGAAAGCCUCUUCUUCCGCACCCUCCCGGAGGUCACCUUCACCCUGCAGUACCUGGAACAUCUGACCCUGGCCAACAUCCGCCACGUCGAGAUCCUGGACAUUUUCAAGCAAAUCUGUCCCCUGCUGAAGACGCUCAAACUGCCCGGUGAAAACCGGAACGACGAGUUCGUGGUGGCCGCGAUCCGCUUCAUCUGGGCCGCCCAGAACACGCUCGAGGAGCUGGAGCUGGCCGGCGAACCGGGUGAGCUGUGGGACCGGAUCAGCGAGGCCAUCGGGAUGCAGCUGCGACGGGUGAAGGUCGUUUCGGGGGCACUCGACGAAAUGCGCCUCGCCCGGCUGUGCGAGACCUUUCCGACCGUUGAAGGUUUGAUGACGCCGACGAGCCGGGUGGCGGAUAAGGUCCUCACCACCAUCGGCGCCAACCUGUGCAAGCUCAAGUACCUGGACGUCACCCUCUCCUCGAGCGACUCCCCCGACGAUCUGUCCUUCCUCAAGUCGAUGCCCGAGCUGCGCACGCUCUCCCUCCGCAGCGCCUUCCCCGCCGUCGGCUUCGGCAACCUCAAACACCCGAACCUGGAAUCGCUGAGCCUUCGCGGCGUCGAACAGCGCCACUGGUUCACGCACUUCCCGAACCUGCGCUCGGUCGCCCUCACCGACUGCACCGUCGACAGCUGGUCCGACCUGUUUGUCCCGCUCGUAACGCAGCUCAAGAAGCUCGCGCAUCUGUCGCUGGUUGGGAUUAAGGUGCGGAACGCCGGCAGCGAGUACUUCCCGGACUAUCUGGGCCAGCUGGCCACGUUGCGCCUCGCCGGGUGUGACCUGUCGAAGGAUUCGCUGAUUAUGCUGUUUACGCUGUGUCCCCGGUUGACGCGGCUCUUCCUGAAGGACAUGGCGGGGGUGGACGAUGAAGUGACGCUGGCGAUUUGUCAGUACGUGAGGGAGCUGCAGGAGAUUCGCGUUGUUGGUUGCGCCGGGCUGACGGAUCAGUUUAUGGAAUAUCUGUGGAAUUACUAUGAGGAGUUGGAGGUGGUGGAGGUGGUUGACUGUGUCAACAUUUCGAAGGAAGCGCUGGAGCAGAUGUUGGGUUGA